CAAGGUCCUGGUGUUAAUACUGAAUUUAUUUUAUAUGUAUCAGUACUUCAAACAAAUCGAUGUGAACCAAUUGAUACAUUGGCUACAGCAUCCUUUUGUCAAUUAGAACGUCAACAAGAUAGACCAAUUGCUGGUAAUAUCAAUGUAUGUCCAAAACGUUUGAGAGGUGACCGUAAUGGAAUAGAUUUUGAUCGUCUUGUUAGUACAAUAAAACAUGAAAUUCUUCAUACAUGGGUGUUUUCUUCGGGUCUUUUUGCAUUUUUUCGAGAUAGUAAUGGAAAACCAUUUACUGAACGUGAUCCUGCGACAGGAUGGCCUAAAAUUUAUGAUGAAAAAUUACAAAUAUAUACACCCAAUGAAAAUGUACUAAAACAAAUAGUAAGAAAAAAUUGGAAAACUCGUGGUGGACUAGUUGAUAAGAUUAUAUUAAUGUUGGUAACACCAAGAGUUCAAGCUGUUGUACGUGAACAUUUUAGAUGUUCAACAUUAGAAGGAGCUGAACUCGAAAAUCAAGGAAAUGUAGGUACAGCUUUAACUCAUUGGGAAAAACGAUUAUUUGAACAUGAAAUAAUGACUGGAACUUAUACUCAAGAAUCUGUAAUUUCAAAUUUAACAUUAGCUUUAUUAGAAGAUAGUGGAUGGUAUGAUGUGUCAUAUGAAUAUGGUAAACCUCUUCUUUGGGGACGUAAUCUUGGUUGUGAUUUUGUUAAAACAAGUUGUAAACAAUGGAUUGAUUCAAAACUUGAAAAAAAACAAAAUCCUUAUCCAUUUUGUAUUUCACCACCAAAACCUAAUCCUUCCAAGCGUAUUUGUGACUAUACAUAUGAUAAAAUAGUUAUGUGCAAUCUUGUCGAAUAUUCUACUGCUUUACCUUUUGAAUAUCAAAUCUUUGAUUCUCUACCAAAUAUAACUGAUGAAAAUGAACUUGCACGUUUUGGUGGACAUGUUAUGUUAGCUGAUUAUUGUCCAUAUAAUCAAGAAUUAUCUUAUAAAAAUUCUAAUCGUGAUUCAAGAUGUUAUCGAUCAGAAAAUCAACCACCAAAUAAAGAAAAUUAUGCUCUUGAAAAAUAUUCUUCUCAAUCGAAAUGUUUUGAUCAUGGUUCUAUAUGGGAACAAUAUAUUGAUCAAUGUCAUAGAAAACGUCGUGUUAUUCCGCAAGCAGCUGGAUGUUAUGAAUUUGAAUGUAUAUCAUACAAAGGAUUUUAUGUUUAUAUUGGAAAAGAAAAAUAUCUUUGUGAAUAUCAAGGUCAAAAUUUAACUAUUAUAACUGCAGAAUAUGACUCAGUUUAUGUUGGAACAAUUAUUUGUCCUGAUUGUCAAAUUAUUUGUGGUUCUUUGAAUAAUUUUCAAUGUCCUUCUGAAAUAAAUAAAAAUCAUGUACAAAGACAACAACAACAACAAUCAGAUAUUCGUUUAUCUGUACAAAAUUUUUGCACAAGAUCAUAUGAAUAUAAUCAAUCAUCUAUGUCAGAUAAGACGAAUCAAUUACAUAUAAUAUUACAAACUAUAUUUCUUUUCUCUAUUUGUCUUUAUAUUCGAAAAGGAUUUUAA